AUGGAGGCUGCAGGCGUUGCCCUAGCAAUUCUCCCACUCGUUAUCAACCAGCUUGAUAACUAUGUCCAGGGUCUUGAAACUAUCAAGAGCUUCGGAGCCAGGCGCUACCGUAGGGAACUGGAAAGCUAUUCAUCAAGCCUUGGAACCCAACAAGCCAUCUUCGUCAAUACAUUGGAGCGGGCUCUUGAUGGAGUGGUCGAAUACGAAGAUGGGUUGGAUGAACUGAGGAACAAUCCUCUCGGGAAUUUGUGGAAAAGAAAGAGUCUGCAAACGAGUCUUCAUGAAAAGCUAGGAAGAGACUUUUACCCUUUCAACCGGAUGAUGAUAGAGGUUGCGACUCUGUUGGAGGAAUUGUCAAGAAAAUUAGGAUUGGACAAGAAUGUUUCAGUGAACCAUCGGGUCGACCAGUCCACUAUCAAGAAAGAGGUCAAGAAGUUCAAAGACAUUUUCUCGAAAAGCAUUUACCUCGAUCUAUUCGCUCGCAUUGACGCAGCCAAUAAAAUCCUGAAUACCUUGGUGGAGCAGUCCGAUUAUCGAAGCACAAGACAGAAACAGAGAAUAUCAAAAAGACCCCUAUUGCGCCAGAAAAGGGCCCAGAAAUCAGCCCGAAGUCUGCAUAAUGCAAUAAUACGGGGCAAGUAUUGGAAAUGUGCUUGUAUGGAUCAACACUCAAUCCAUUUUGUUCUUAGUUAUCCACCAGAGGACAUGAAUGAUGAGUCUAAAGAGUCCUCUCAUGGGCCUCGAUUCCGAAUGAUUUUUCCUUCCAACAGCUCUAUAGAUCUUGGCAAGGGAUGGUGCGAGAUUGAAGCCGAAUCGGAUACUAUUCAAUCGAGCGUGGAUACUUUGACACCCCAGGGUAAUCAAGACAAAGUUGCCUUCGUCAAAAAGAAGGCCAAAGUGCAGUUUGCGUUCGAUGCGUCAUCUGAAGAUAAUUCACCCAUGAUGUCUGAUAUGUCUUCGCUGCCUCCGAUUGUAGACAUCUGCUCGACGCUGUCUACCGUGGGGACCAGCGGCGAGACAAAUGCACCUAUUGGGUUCAUCUCUGAUGCAAGCCACCGCCACAAUAUGUAUUAUGUUCGAAAGCUCGCCGGGAAUCUGAGAUCACAAUCGCUCGCUGAGCUCAUUGCGGCUUCAAGUGAUAUCUUCAAGGCGCCUAUUGGCGGCAGCUUUCUUUUCACAUGGGGCCACCGUCUCCGCGUUGCGGUUAAUCUCGCCUGCAGCGUGCUCCAAUUUCACGGGAGCUGGCUGAAAACUCAGUGGAGAUCACGCGAUAUCAUGUUUACCAAGAAUCCAUCUGGGGAUAUCGAUAAGCCAUACGUCCUUUGGAAUGUCGGCAGUGAAUUGGAUACCUGGAGCCUGUGCAGAGACAAAUCAACAUUCUCGCUCAUUCAAAGUGAGGUUUUGUUUCCUCUGGGCCUUGUCCUGGUCGAACUUUCUUUAUGUCAGACACUAGAGGCACUACGCAUGCCGGAGGAUGACGAUCCGGUGGAGGCAUAUGUGAAUCUAAAGACUGCAACUCGCCUCUUGCAGGUUGUGGAGGAGCAAAGUGGCGCAGAAUAUGAAAAGGUAGCGAGGCGAUGUCUCCUUUGGCCUGGUACAAAAGACUCCACACUGGAAAGCGAGCAGAUGCAAGAUGAGAUAUUUCAACUUAUCAUCUCGCCAUUAGUCGAAAAUCUGAGGAGUUUCGAGGGUAGGGGUUGA